UAUUUUUUUUGUGGAAAGCAAAAAACGUAACAAAAAUUAAACUAACUUUGGAUUAUAUUUUGGAUUACCUCAGCCAUAGUUCGAGUGCUUGAUUUGAUUUGUGCAACAUGUUGCGAUUUAAUUUAGCCAUGUGCACCUUUAUAUGUGCAAUUGUUUUAAGUGUAACGAACACAAUACUAGGACAAGACAAGUCAUCAUUCUUUAAGAAGCCAUGGCCAACAUAUAGUCUACAGAAUAUGCCACAGACACGAUUCACAUGUCAUGACAAAAUACUUGGUGGCUAUUAUGCAGAUCCGGAGACUCAAUGUCAAAUGUUCCAUGUGUGCGUCAAAGUUGGCGGAGUAGGGGUCCAAGAUUUCCGUUUCUUGUGUCCGAACAGUACAGCUUUUGAUCAGGAAGCACAGAUCUGUGCCAAUUGGGCCGAUGUUGAUUGUGAGCAAGCCGUACUCUACUAUGGUAGCGAUAAUUUUGAUUUAUAUCGUUUAAGUUCAGGUUUCGAAAGUAAACGCGCGCCAUUGGCCGAAGAGGAUGAGUCCACGUUCCAUUUGCAGCGGGCUGAGACAGGCGAUAUACGACGUUACAAACAAACAACUGUAGAUCAAAAGUCACGCCCUGAACAACCACCCAAUUAUACGAAACAAUAUGAGACGGCAACUCGCGGUGGAGGUAGUCAUCACCACAAUAAUCACAACUAUUUGCCCAACGAUGAGGUGGAGAAGACCUCAAAGAAGAAGAUCAAAACGGAUGUUACCAAAAAGCCAAUUGUUAGCUAUUAUACACCGACAACGAGCACAACAACAACGACUACAGAGCGUUAUGCCAGCGAUGAUUCAAAGCAGGAUUUGGAUGACAUCUUCAAGGGCUCCCACAGUUCUCAUUUCUUUUCGAAUCGCAAUGGCGGCAGAGAAGAUGAUUUUGUGGAUCAUCCGGUGCGCCAGCAAAAACCAAAUGACUUUAAUGAUUUCUCCAAGAAAUCGGAGUCUGCCACCACAGUGGUUGGCAAGUCACGUGUAACACCAACUAGAUCGAGACGUCCCCCGGCCACGCCAUCCACCACCUUGGCAAGCACGACCUCAACUACGCCGGCGCCCAAGAUUACCAAGAAAGUAACUCCCUAUUACAAUACCGAUUUCUAUGAUUAUUCCCUGUACAAAUCAUCGACCUCGGCCUCAACGACUGCGGCACCUAGUACCGUGGCAGCAACCACGCCCAAAACAUCCCCCCAACACAGUUCGGCAAAUCGUUUCAGUUUUGGUUUCAAUGACUAUCAGACUCAACUGAAUAUUCAACCCACCACCUAUAAUCCCAAUCGUUUGAAAUCGUCCACCCCGAAAUAUACCGAAGUCAAUCGCGAUAAGGCCGUGAACAAUGAGGCCUUUAACAAAAAGUUGCAGAAAUUCGAACAAAGUCAGCAAAAGUCCCCGGCCCAAAAUAACAGCUUUGCCAGCAUCAAUGAAUUCAGUGAAUUUGCCAAAAUUAAGACUCAACCGCCGCAGCCCUUCCAACCCAAGGCCCCGGCGAAGACAUUUGAGGCACCCAAGAAAUCCGAAGCAGAGCCGCAAUAUUAUCGCUCAAGAGGUCAACCCCGACAACCCGAGCCUUUUAGAACCGCACCCACCAGGGCUAGCCAUGGCAGAGCCACACCACCAACAACCGCAGAAAGUCCUAAAGAAAAAGCAGUAGCUCUCCCAGAAAAACCGCGUGGAUUUGUCAGCCGAGGCAGUAUUAACUACAAGGCCACAACGCAGCGUAACAGUGAAACCUAUCCCACAGUGUCGGCCCAGAAUUAUAAAAAAUUCUCCACCUUGGUGCCCAAGGACAAAUAUGACCCGACGACAUUUAAGCCCACUACCUACAAAAAAUCCUAUGAAAAUAAUUUCUAUCAGACUCAACAGACACAAAGACCCCAACAUAAACAGCAGCAACAACAACAAAACAAUAAGGCCACCACUAAGGCCCUACCCUCCACAACAACGGCCUAUACUACAGCCAAUCCCUACUACAAUAUUGACGAAGAUGAUGGCCAAUAUCAUCCGGAGUUGUAUGAAAUUGAUUUCCCCAGAAAUAAAUUCAAUUUGCAACGUUCCAGCAGCACCACAACUGCUAGCAGUACAACAACCACAACUACAACAUCCAAGCCCUACUACCAACCAGCAUCCUAUCAAAAUCCUGCAAGCCACCUUAAAAGUCAACAGCAAACGGCAUUCCAAAAGGAACAAUCGGCGCAGCGCAGCAACGAUUUCAGUGAUGAAGAUGAACUCUUCAACACGGCACAAUCGUUGAAUUUCGGAGCGGCCAGCAUCAAUAAAUUACGGGCGGAUAUAAUCAAGGCGGAAAAGACAUCGCAGCAAUAUAAUUCCCAUUAUAACCCCCUGAAUUCCUUGACUAGUCCCAAAACAACAACAGCCAGUACACCAGCAACAAGCAGCACAAGCUAUUUUACAUAUCCCUCGUAUUCAUCUGCAUCCGUUCAACAAACCACCCAGAGGUCCACAACUUAUGCGGCAACCUCCAGUAGCACUAUUACUACAACGACAACAACAACAACCACAAGACGACCCACAACCACUAGUACCAGUACUACUACCACCACAACAACUCCCUAUCCCUUCAACAUCACCAAAAGUGGUGGCAAACAUGCCGACAAGAAAUCGCACAAAAAGAAUGACAACAAAAAGAAAACUUCCAAGAGGCCACCCCAUGCCGAUGAGGAUACCAGCUACGAUUAUGCCUACUACGAUACGGACACUCUGAGUGAAUCGCCUCAGGAAUAUCCGGAAUAUGAAAUACAAGAAUUUACAAAGACACGAAAAAAUUAAAAAUUUAGCUGAAGUUUUAAAAACGAAAAAAUUUACACUCUUUUACAAACACACACACACACAUACAUUCACAAAAAAAUUGCCACAAAACCU